AUGGCGGUUGCCUCCGACGUCGCUGCAGCGCUGGACCAGGCCACGCAGCGCACUGCUGCGAGUGCCGACGACGCGCAGCUGGAGGCAUGGGGGAAGCAGUACCCCAUGCCAGAUGAGAGGAAGGAUGACCCUUCCAACCAUGCAAAGAUGCUGUACAGGCCGCCCCGCAGUGACGCGGCUGGCCUUCUCGUGGCGGCCGCGGUGAUUGGCUCGUGGGCGCUGCUCUUUUCACACGCCAUGUGGGGCAUCAAGCUGGACGGCCCCGGCCGCUCUCCGUGGUGGGACAUCGUUGGGACAUUCUUUGGCCUUGAAUUUGCCAGCGCAGGACUGUUCAUCACCACCCACGACGCCAUGCACGGCACUGUGUGCUUCAGGUCGCGCCGCCUCAACGAUGCAGUGGGGUGGCUGGCCAUUUCGCUCUACGCCUGGUUUGACUAUGGGAUGCUCCACAAGAAGCACUGGGAGCACCACGGCUACACCGGCACCCACGACGACCCCGACUUCCACAGCGGCAACUCCGCGCUGCUGCCCUGGUUCUGCAGGUUCAUGCUGGGCUACAGCACGCCCCUGCAGUUUGCCAAAAUCUUUGCUUGGACCAUGCUGCUGCAGGUGCAGGAGGGGAAGGGGGGAUGGGAGGGGCUCGUGGUGUACGACUAUGUUGACAUAUUGGGCUGGGUUCAGGGGCCCAAGGGGUCCCUGGGCGUGACCUACUGGAACCUGGUCGUUUACCUGGCGGGCGCCCCCAUCCUGGCCGCUUUCAGGCUCUUCUACUUUGGGACCUACCUGCCCCACCUGCCGCGCGACGGCAAGGAGGAGAUGGGCUGGCAGAAGAGCCACUCGUUCGACGGGCACCCGCUGCUCAGCUUCCUGCAGUGCUACCAGUUUGGGUACCACUGGGAGCACCACAGGUGGCCGUACGCCCCCUGGUGGCAGCUGCACGUGUGCAAGGGCAUCACUCGGCGCCUGGAAGCCGAGGGCAAGUUCUCACGGCAGCCGCCUGGCAAGCAGCGCCUGCUAUGGGAGUAG